AUGCCGAGGGGCUGCCCUUGGCGCAGCGCGAUGCGCGCGCUCGUCGUAGCGCUCGUCGCGCACGCGUGCCGCGCGCAACGCUGCCGCACGCCGCCGGACGGCGCCGCGUUCGCGCGGGCGGCGCGCUGGUCGCUGCAGAACGGCACGUCGUGCUUCGGCGUCGCACCCCGCGACCUCUGGGCCUGCGAGGAGGCGGUCCAGAGAGCGCUCGACCCCACAAACCUCCCACCCGAGGACGGCUGCGCCGUCGCCGGCCCGAAGACGACGGCCCUGCGCACGGGCAGCCGCGACACGGUGCCGAACGCGCAGACCUGGUCGUCGCUGCGCUGGGCGAGCUACGAGGGGCGCGCGUUCGUCGUCCACGACCCGGCCGCGGCCCUCUUCCGCGGCGCGGUCUGCGAUGCGCCGGGCGCGUGCCGCGACGGCGCGCCGCCGCGGAUCCUCGGCGCGAGCAAGUGGGGCCUCUUCUGGCACGACGGCGCGGACGCGACGGCGGCGGCGGCGACCGCGGAGCCCUACGAGCGCCGGCGCUGCGACCGCGCGUUCGGCGAGCGGACCUACGUCCUCAACAUCCUCACCUGGCAGGUCGGCCACCUCAUCCUCGACAUCCUCGAGCCGCUCUACCACGCGCUGGCCCGCGACGGCGGCGGCGCGCCGGACCCGGCGCGGACCCGUCUGAUCUUCGACGUCGCGAACGAGGACGAGCGCGCGGUCCUGGGCGACAACAUCGCGCGCACGGUCUACGGCGAGACGCCCUACGCGCUCCUGCGGCGCUUCACGGCGCACCCGAUCCACACGCGCGCCGCGCUCGACGGGCUCGAGGGGCGGUCGUGCUUCGCCGCCGUACACGUCGAGCUCGACGUCGCCGAGUCCUACUACGCCCUCGGCCACGACGCCGCCGCGGCCCGCGCGGCGGACCCCGGCGCGCCGCACCCGCGGGCCGUCGCGCCGGAGGAGCGGUCGCGCUACCGCGCCUUCCGCGACUUCCUCGGCGCGCCCGCGGCGGCGCCCGCGGCGGCGCGGCGCGCGGUCGUCUUCGUCCGCCGCGCGUCGACGCGGCGCCUGACGAACUUCGACGCCCUCGCCGGCAGGGCGCGGGCGCGCGCCGACGCCGCGGGCCUCGACUUCGUCGCCGUGGCCCUCGAGGAGCUGCCCUUCGACGAGCAGCGCGCGCUCUUUGCGCGCUGCGCGGUCCUCGUCGCCCAGUACGGCAGCGCGCUGCACAACGUCAUCUUCCUCCCGCCCGGGGCCGCCGUCGUGCUCCUGCCCAUGCCCAAGUGGUGCGGCGAGGCCUGGCACUUCGAGCGGCAGGCCGCGCUCAGCGGCGCGUCGUCCGUGACCGUCUGCGCGGGCGCGGGCGCGGACGACGGCGCGCGGUUCCGCUGGGCGCACCGCGCCUGGCUCCAGGGGCCCUGGGCGACGAAGGACGCGGACUUCGCCGUCGACGCGGACCGCUUCGACGCGGGGGUCGCGGCGGCGCUCGGCGCCGUCGGGGGGCCGCCGGCGAGCGCCACCGUCGCCGCGGACGAUGAAAACGUCCAUCGCUGCCCGACGCGGACGGCCCUCGCGACGCCGCGCGUCCACGUGAGCGACGUCGUCAUCGAGGCCGCGCCCGACGGCGCGAACGCGCUCGUGAAGCUCGUCGCCGAGGUCGUCCUGCGCGACGCGGGCGCGGCCGAGGAGGACCGGUCCGCGUUUUUUGAACUUCUCGACGCGGACGCGCUCGAGCUCUGCGUCGCGGAGGUCGACGCGUUGGACGCCGCCGCGUGCUUCCGCGCGAGCGCCUUCAACGAGUUCUCCACGCUCGACGUGACCGUGCCCUGGGGCGAGCGUCUCGCGGUCGCGGUCUGGCUGCGGGGCGCCGGGGGCGCCGCCGCGGACGUCGACCUCCGCCGGCGCCUGCUCCAGCAGGGGCUGCCGGCGGUGCGCACGCACGUCACGUUGGACGUCGACGGCGCCUACGGCGGCCUCGGGGUGUCGACGGUCACGCACAAGCAGGCGCCCGCGCCGCACCGCGCGCCGCCGCCGGCCGCGGCCGCGGGCGCCGGCACGUUCGAGGUCCGCGACUGGCGCCUCUUCGCCGAGACCUGCGACGUGCUGGAGGUGCCCGUGCAGAUCGACGGCCGGCCCGUGGUCCUGGCGGGGACGCUGGGCCACGCGACGGCGCUCCAGGGCGAGCUGUCCGCGUUCUGCGGCGAACACGCGCUCAACCCCGCGGCGUGCGCGGCCCUCGACGUCGAGGUGCGGCGGCGCGUCGCGCGGCUCGCGGCGGCGAAGCGCCGGGGCCUGCCCGCGGUCCAGCGCCUGCCGACGGCGCGCCGGCCGUUCCUGUUCCUCCACCACGAGAAGACGGCGGGCUCGUCGCUGCGGCGCCACGUCGUCGACGCCGCGCGCGCGCGCGGCCUGGCCUUCUACGUGCCCUGCUACGACGCCGCGGGCACCUACUGGGAGGACUACCGCUGCUACGCCUUCGACGUCGCGAACGCGUCCGCGGCCAACGGCGGGCCGAACGCCGAGCUCGCGGUGCUCGCGGGCCACUUCGAGUGGGGCGUCUGGGACGACCUCGAGUCCUACGACGCGGCGGCGCCGCCGCCCUGCUUCACCAUGGUGCGCCACCCCGUGGACCGCGCCGUGUCGCUCUACUACGAGCGCGUCUACCAGCGCGACGACAUCGGCGGCGCGCGCGUCAACGACCUGCCGCUCGGCGAGUUCGAGUGGCUCCUGCGGGCCUUCAAGGGCUCGGCCUUCAGCCGCUACCGCGACGAGGGCUUCUGCGACGCCAUGUGCAAGAACACGCUGGGCCUGAGCCUCCACCGCGGCCGCCUGCCCGAGGACGUCGACGCGCGCCGCGCCGCGGAGCCCGCGCUCUUCGCGGCCUACGAGGCCGACCUCGACGCGGGCCUCGCCGUCGACCGCCUGCGCCACUGCGUCGUCGGCCUCCAGGACGACUGGGCCGGGUCGAAGCGGUCCCUGGCCCACUGGUUCCCCUGGAUCGCCAGCAUCGACGACGCGCGGCGCAACGCGGGCCUCGGCGCGGCGGCCGAGACGCGCGACACGCUCCGGCCCGACCUCCGCGCGGCCCUCGAGGCCUGCAACGCCUGCGACCUCGCGCUCUACGACGCCGCCGCGGAGCGCCACGCGGCCCAGCUGCGCUACCUCGACGGGCUGGGUUCGUAA